AUGGAACCAAUGUUAACAUUAGGACGUUUUUUACAAAAAAUGAAUGAAUAUGAUAAAGCUGAACAUUAUUAUCGUUUGUUGAUGACACAACCUAAGAUAGACUAUUAUUUGGUUUCAUUGUUAUUCAUGAACAUUGGCACGUUAUUUGAUAAAAAACGCGCUAUUCAAAUGACACUAAAUGAUUUACCAUCGUCGUUAGAAAAUUAUGAAAAAGCCAUAAGUUUUGCUUCUGAACAUUUACCAAAAGUUCAUCUGUUAUUAAUCGGCAUUUAUAAUAAUUUUGCUAGUGCACUAAGUAUGAUCGAAGAUCGUGUAAAAGCACUAGAAUAUUUUCAAACUACAUUUGAUAUACAAGCACAAUUUUAUUGUUCUUCGACUGAACAUUUAGAUUUACCUGUAACAUUAAAUAAUAUCGGCCUCAUGUAUUAUAAAAUUAAACAAUAUCAAAACGCUUUAGAAUAUUUCGGUAACACUACUCUUGAGGAUUUUUAA